GAGGGAAUGGAGAGAAAAUUUUAGUGUGUGGCGCUAUUUUUCUCCUUCCUCUCGAUCUUCUUCUCUCUUUUUCCUCUGUUUUUCCUUUCAGAUCAUUCUUCUGGAAAAAAGGACGAGAAGGCGGGAACCUCAUUUCCCUUUCGAUUUCCCCUGCUUUAAUCCGACUUUCUGGAGAGGGAUCUCGAGGCCUUGAGGAUCCCUAGAAGGAGAGUCGAUUUUUGGGAAUAGGAAGAAUUCGAUCGAUAAUGGGAGGGGAUGAGCUAUUACAAGGGGACAUUCAGAGCUUAAAUGGUCUAGAAGAGACGAUUCGUGUUUCGAUUAGGUUAAGGCCGCUGAACGAGAAGGAAUUGGUGAAAAAUGAUUUGUCCGAUUGGGAAUGCAUCAAUAACAAUGCCAUUAUAUUCAGAAGCAGCUUACCCGAGCGGUCUAUGUUUCCCCAAUCUUACGCAUUUGAUAGAGUAUUUGGAUGUGACAGUACAACAAAGCAAGUUUAUGAAGAAGGAGCCAAAGAAGUUGUUCUUUCUGUGGUCAAUGGCAUUAACUCAACAAUUUUUGCAUAUGGGCAAACAAGCAGUGGAAAGACCUACACCAUGAAUGGAGUCACUGAAUAUUCUGUGGCAGACAUUUAUAAUUACAUUGAGAUGCAUCCAGACAGAGAAUUCGUGCUGAAGUUUUCAGCGAUUGAGAUAUACAAUGAAGCUGUCAGAGAUCUCCUCAGCUUAGAAAAUGUCCCACUUAGACUGCUUGAUGAUCCUGAGAAAGGAACGGUUGUUGAGAAACUUACAGAGGAAACACUGAGAGAUAGGAACCAUCUCCAUGAGCUUCUUUCAUUUUGCGAAGUUCAAAGAAAGAUAGGGGAGACGUCUCUGAAUGAAGCUAGCUCCAGAUCGCAUCAAAUCCUAAGACUAACAAUUGAAAGUUCUGCUCGCAAAUUUAGGAAGUCUCAACGUUCAAGCAGUCUCACGGCUACUGUGAAUUUUGUUGAUCUUGCGGGAAGUGAGCGUGCUUCUCAAACAAUGUCUGCUGGUGCAAGACUAAAAGAAGGUUGCCACAUAAACCGCAGUUUGCUGACUCUGGGAACUGUAAUUCGCAAACUAAGCAAAGGAGGAGGAGGAAGGAAUGGGCACAUACCUUAUAGAGAUUCCAAGUUAACACGGAUACUGCAGAAUUCUCUUGGGGGGAAUGCCCGAACAGCUAUUAUUUGUACUAUGAGUCCUGCACGUAGCCAUGUUGAGCAAUCAAGAAAUACAUUACUGUUUGCUACUUGUGCAAAAGAGGUGAGUACAAAUGCACAAGUCAAUGUGGUGGUGUCAGAUAAGGCAUUGGUGAAGCAGUUGCAAAGAGAAUUGGCUAGACUUGAGAGUGAGAUGAAGAGCUUAGCACCACGUCCUGUCAAAGGUGAUUCUACUGCGUUAUUGAAAGAGAAAGAACUUGUAAUUGAGCAGAUGGACAGAGAGAUAAAGGAACUGACUCGACAGCGUGAUCUUGCUCAAUAUCGAAUCGAGAACUUACUGCAUUCAGUUGGAGAAGAUAGGAUAUUUAAGCUAAGUGAAAGUGCAGUACAAGAAAUACCAGAUUUGGUUGACCUAGAUCUAGUUGAUGUACGUUCUGAUGAUGACUCAAGUCUUAAAACUCUAGACACAUUUAAUGGACAAGAAGAGCAUAGCCCCCAUAAGGUUGAUCCUCUAUUCUCUAUGAGUCACGAAGAUAAUUUUCUGCUAGAUAGCAGUACUCCAUUGGCUGGACCUGAUCCUUAUCACGACUGGGAAGAGAUUGCUCAACGUGUUCGUGCAAAUUCUGAAGAUAUGUGUAAGGACGUUCAAUGCAUUGAACUAGAAGAACCAAAAGAAACACCACACAAAGAAGGUGAUUUAACUUUAGCUAGAUUUGAAGAAAAUGAAGGAAAGAUGGUCAGUACUUUUGGGAAUGAUCAAGUGACAUCCCCAGAGAGGGAGAAUAAGGAGUUAAUUACACUUAACACAGGUUAUAGUUACGAUGGUUUUAUGCCAAAUAAUGCAGAGAUGCAGAAAACAUUAAAUUGUAUUGUAAACCUUUAUCCUGCCGAGCAAUCUUUUAGCUCCAUUAAAUCAGCUGAUGCUGGCUUUCAAAACUUGAAGUUGGCUAGAAGCAAGAGUUGUUUGACUGUUCUGAUGGCCCUCCAACCUCCUACUUGGAUUGAAAAGGCAGAACAGGAUAAGAAAGCACUGACUGUUGGAUCUGAAGUAAACUUCUCUGGAGUAGCAGAAGGUAGUCGGAGAAAGCGUGGUUUAAGUUGUGGAAAUCUGGAUGCAAACGACUCAGAAUCAGUUUGCAGUCAUUGUUCAGAAACUAAACCUUUGGAAAUAAUAGAUGAAGAUGAUGAUAAUACCAGUGUUGUCAACUUUUCAACCGAGAAAACAGGAAAGUCCAAGACCCGGCUAAAGAAGCGAUCUAGUUCGAGGCUGGGGAGGGUCUCUAAGAUGGAUGAACCUAAAGAAACCACACUAGACGUUCAAGUGGAAGACGCACAAGAUUCCUGGUCGAAUUCUGAUUGGGACAUAGAGUUCCAGAAUCAGCAAAGAGAGAUUAUUGAGCUUUGGGAUGUUUGCAACGUACCCUUGGUUCACAGGUCUUAUUUCUUCAUCCUUUUUAAAGGAGACCCAUCAGACGCAGUGUACUUGGAAGUUGAGCUUAGAAGGUUGUUCUUCAUAAGGGAAGCCUUUUCUCGAGGAACUAAUGCUCGAAAGGGUGAUGCUAUCACUCAAGCUUCGAGCUUGAAAGCUCUAAACCGCGAGAGGGAAAUGUUGGCAAGGAGGAUGAAGAAGAAGUUCUCAAUGAAGGAAAGAGAGGCCCUUUACAAGAAGUGGGGUAUUGACUUGAAGACAAAGCAAAGAGGCAUACAAUUGGCACGAAUGCUAUGGUCAAGAACAAAAGACUUCGGCCACAUCAGCGAAAGUGCUGCCCUCGUGGCAAAGCUACUUGGAUUUGUGGAACCAACUCAGGUCUCCAGGGAGAUGUUUGGGCUAUCCUUCUCACUCCAAUCCUUAGAUCACAGGUCUUGGAAAAGGAAUAUGUCUCUUCCUUUUUAAGCUUUGUACCAUCUCAUAUUAGUACAUAUAUUAAUGUCUCUACUCAUCCAUACUUGUAGAAUCCAAUUAUUUGAAUGAAAAUGCCCUAGAAGAUGGAUAAGAUUCUCUCACUUUUCAUCUUUUAUGUUAUAUUAUCAGUCUGAUUGACUGCUUUGUUCAUGUGUAUAUAAACACUUUCGAGGGAUAUACUUACAAAGAGGAUAAUUAUUUUUUCC